UAUACAGUUAUGAUUUUAAUAAUAAAAUAAUAAUCCAAAAAUAUAUAUAUAGAAGAAGAUACAAAUACAUGUGAAAGUUUAAAACAAUUUAUUCAAUGAAAAAAUAUAUACCAUACACUUAUUAUGUUUUAAAAAUUAAUAGACACAUAUAUUAUAAUAUAUACCAAUUUAGAAUUAAAAACAAAAUAUUUAUAUAAAAAUAAAUGAAAACAAAAAUCUGCGCGAUUGCGCGAAUCGAGAUCUAGUUUAUUAUUUAAAAAAUAAAAGAAAAAACCUUUGAGCGAAGACUGGUGCUCUCAAGUCUCAACAAGAAGCCAGCAAAGGAAAUUGAUUUCAGUACCCUCUUAAGAGUUCACAACACAUGUCUUCUCCUUCGGUCUAGGCCUCGGGCAAGAUCUCUUCGCGGCUUUUGGUAGUCAACAUGUCCCAGAGUUUCUUGAAAGCUAUAUGACUUCGCAGUGAGACUUUGGUUGUUUGACUGGUUGCAAUAGUUGGCAUAUUCCAUAAUAUUUCAAUAAAAUAACUAAAUUGACUAAAAUUUUAGAAAAUCACAUUGUAAAAGGAAAAUAGUUAUUUUAUCGGAAAUAACUCCUUUCCAAACUUUUUUGUUUUUAAACAACUCCUUUCCGUACCUUAUUUGUCUAUAUAUAAACAAAUAGAGCUAAAACCCCUAAUUAAUUUCUAUACGGAAACAAUGACGAUGAUCACUGAUCUUUCAUUAGAUUUGGUGGAGGAGAUACUCUCUAAGGUUCCGUUAACUUCUCUCAAAGCAGUAAAAUCCACAUGCAAAAGAUGGAACACCCUAUCCAAAGAUGAGAGCUUUACAAAGAAACACUCGGCCAAAGAGUUUCCGUUGUUCUUGACUUUUGAUUAUUAUUUUUCUCAAAGAAGAUUCAAUGUCCACAGAAUCCAUUAUAACACCAAAGACUUGCCAUGUAUAAAGGAGAUAGGUAAACUACAUAGUCCUAUCAAAUUACAUAUACUCCAUCACUGUGGCGGCUUAUUGUUAGGCUACGCUGAGGAGAAGCUAGUGGUAUGGAACCCGUCUUUGGCGCAAACCAGAUGGAUUGAACUCAGAAAUAAGCGGAGGGGUCUUGGUCAGUGUGCUAUUGGAUACGACAACAACAAGAACCAUAAAGUCUUGGUGCGUUUCUAUAAUGUGCAUGAGAAUAAUAUAAUUAAUGAGCAUGAAAUCAGGCAUGGAAUAUACGAUUUUAAGUCUAGUUCGUGGAGGGGUCAUGAUAUCCCCAAUCCUAAACGGUUAAGAGAGAGAGGUGUGUCUGUGAAGGGAGAUAAUUACUUUGUUGUUGACGGGAAAUUAUUAGGUUUCGAUUUUACUAAAGAGAGAUUUGGACCGUUUAUGGACCUACCAUUUGAAAGUAGUGAUGAUUUUGAGUAUGAUAGGAUUCCAUAUUCUUGUGUAAGAGGGGAGCAGCUUGCGGUGCUAUUUCAAAGGCACCUAUGUGACUUGGUGAUAUGGAUUACAACUAAGAUUGAGCCUGAUACAGUGUCGUGGAGCAAUUUCUUUAAAGUUGAUUUGAAACCUUUCCUUGGUUUCGACCAUUGGUUUAAAGUUCGCAGUUUCGUCAUUGACAAGGAGAAGAAAAUAGGAGUGGUUUGUGGUACUGAACUUAAAAGUCAUAUAAACGAGGAAAAAUGUUAUGUGGUUGAAGAGGAUGGAUGCUACCAAGCAAAAACGGGGAAGCAAUAUGUCUUCUCUUAUGUUCCAAGUUCUGUGCAGAUCCAAGUACCUUCAUCAUGUGGCAAAAGAAAAGGAAGAGAUUAUUAUUUCGGCAUCACCAGAGACAAAGCAACAAAUCGGUAUGCCACAGGAUACGACAACAACAACAACAAACUCUUGGGGCUUUUCCAUGAUGAGUAUGACACUAAUAUUAUCGCCAAGCAUGAAAUCUACGAUUUUGAGUCUAGUUCAUGGAGGGUUCUUAAUAUCGUCACUCCUAGAUAUUUUGAACGGAUAUGGAAGAGAGGUGUGUCCUUGAAGGGAAACAGUUACUUUGUUGUUGAUGGGAAACUAUUAGGUUUCGAUUUUACUAAAGAGAAACUUGGACCGGGUAUGGAUCUACCAUUUGACACUGAUGAUGAUAAUAAGAUUCCAUAUUCUUGUGCAGAGGAGAGCAGCUUGCGGUGCUAUUUCAAAGGUAUAGCUAAAUCUGAGUUGGUGAUAUGGAUUACAACUAAGAUUGAGCCUAAUGCAGUGUCGUGGGCUAAUUUCUUUAAAGUUGAUUUGAAACCUUUCCUUGGUUCUGAACACUGGUUUGAAGUUAGCAGUUUCUUCAUUGACAAGGAGAAGAAAGUUGCAGUGGUUUGGGGUAAAGAAUUUAGUAAGUUUUUUUACGAGGGCAAAUGUUAUGUGGUUGUAGUGGAUGGAUGUUACGAAGAGAAAACGAAUGUGGAAGAUGUGUUAACCUCUUAUGUUCCAAGUUUGGUGCAGAUCCAUUAAUUAAGGUCAAUAAGUACCUUCAUCAUGAGGCAAAAUAAAAUGAAGAGAUUAUUAUUCAUAUUUUACAGUAAGCUUGUUUGUUUCUUGAUUUAUCUCUUUUUAUUCAUUAACUAUUAUUCUCUUUUUAUUCAUUAAUUAUUAUUUUUUUUUUAAAACUGGUCCAUUGCUCCAAUCUAGGUAACAUGAAACAAACAUGCUUGGCUGGUCUGAAACUAUACUUGAUUAUAUUGUCGAAUGACCCUUACUCAUGCCCAAGAUUAAAUUUAGAGCGAUUUGCAAGAAAAAUAUACAAUAAAUGAAAAAUUUGCAAAAAUAGAAAAACACAAAAAAACAUGGUUGUGAGUAGUCUCUCUCUGGAGUAUUUUACCAUUUGCCCCUUACUCUAACUAGCUAGUCUAAAUUAAUAUAAAAACCAAUUAUAUUAUAAAGUAUAUAUAUAUACACACGUAAUUAUCGAUCCAACGCAAGCUUCAAAAUCAGGGAUGUAAGACUUCACCUUAGCGUGAAGCAACUUCUUUGCAACCAAAGUCACGAAAAAAAUUAUCUGCUCGUUUAUAGUCAAAACCAAAGAACCUAAAGUAGUGAUGUUCAUCUUAAGCACUUCUACAGCUAUAUCCAUAAGAUCUUUACACAAAAAAACCCCGGGUUUGCCAAUAUCCACUACAAGAAAACACAAGUUUUACGAGGGCAGUUUUCCUCGCUAAUUCGUCGUAAAAGCAGUGUUACGACGAAUUAGCGAGGAAACCCGUUUC